CCGAGCCGGGGCAGCCACGGGGAGGGACUGUCGCGGGGAGGGGCGCGGCAGCCGCUGGGGGGCUGCGGGCUCCAGGGCCCGCUAGUGUUGCACAGGAAGCUGAACUGAGAAGAGGCUCACAGAGCUGGGCUCAGCCUGAGCCACCCUUUGUUUGGGUUGGGGGCCCGCAGUGGGGAACUCCAGGGACUCAAGGGGAGGGACCGGGACGGGACGGAAGGGCCCGGAGCAGCAGCCGCGGCGGCGGAACCAGUUUGGGAUCGGGGGUCCAGCUGAGCCCAGGAGCUGCACGGAAUGGUGGCAGUCACCUUGCCAGUGCAGCAGGCAUGGAGCAGACUGCAAGCUAGGAGAGCAAGGCAGCAGUCAGGAAGAGGGAACACACAGCUAGGCUUAAGGCCUGUUCAUCGGGAUGUCCCCAGACCCCCCAGCCCAGGACCAGCAUAAAGGCUGUGUGGGGGGCCCCCCCUGACCCAAGGGGGGACUUCAUGCGCCACGUGCAGGCGGAGCCAUCUCCAUCCUCAGAGCCAGAGGCUGGCCCUUCACAGCCCGCAGUCAGGCAGGGGGCCCUCCAGGGUGGUCUGCUCAUGGGUUACAGCCCAGCAGGGGGGGUGACAUCCCCCGGGGUCUACCAGGUAUCCAUCUUUUCCCCUUCAGCUGGUGCCUCUGAAUCUCAUAGGGCCCUGAAGCGGCCAGCCCCACCCACUGAGGGUCCCCGGGAGCUGAAGAGAGGCCCUGGGCUGGGGGCCAGAGAGGGACUACCCCCUGAAGAACCAGCUUCCGUGGGUCUCUUGGGUCCAGAGGGACUGGGUGUGGCCAGCCAGCAUUUCUGCCAUCAUGGCCUCUGUGUUGUGGAACAGGGAGAUAACUCCACCUCACCUUGGACUACAGGGGCCCAGAGUCCACUCUGGCCUCCAUCACAUGCUUCCUGCAAUACUUUGCACACCAGAGACUGGGCAUCCCCAGCCCCAGGGGCACAGGGGUUCCUGGGGGAGUCUCCAGGGCCAGCCCCUUCAGGCCAGCUGCACACACUUGACACUGAUUUGCACAGUCUUGCACAAAUAGGGGGUAAGACCCCAGUGGCUGGGGUGGGCAAUGGGGGCAGCCCCUGGCCAAGGGUGUCUCCUGGCACUGCCAAUGGGCACAGUCCCGAGCACACACCCCCUGGCCCUGGACCUCCAGGCCCCUGCCCCACCAAGCGAAGGCUGCUUCCUGCUGGAGAAGCCCUGGAUGUCAGCUCUGAGGAUGAGGGGCCAGCCCCUCGGAGGCGCCGGGGAACCCUGGGUCACCCUUCUGCUGCCAACAGUUCUGAUGCCAAAGCCACACCCUUCCGGAGUCACCUGCUGCCUGGGCCCAAGGAGCCUGUGCUGGACCCAACAGAAUGCAGUCCCAUGGGGCGGAGGCUGAAAGGUGCCCGUCGCCUGAAGCCGAGCUCCCUUCGAAGCCUCCGGAAGGGGCCAGGCCUGCUGGCCAGGCAGGCCAGUGCCUCCCCUGUUGCUACCCCUGCGGUCAGCCGGACCCUGUUGGGCAACUUUGAGGAAUCAUUACUUCGAGGACGCUUUGCACCAUCUGGCCACAUCGAGGGCUUCACAGCAGAGAUUGGAGCCAGUGGAUCCUACUGCCCCCAGCAUGUCACUCUGCCUGUCACUGUCACCUUCUUUGAUGUCUCUGAGCAAAAUGCCCCGGCCCCCUUCCUGGGCGUCGUGGACCUGAACCCCUUGGGGAGGAAGGGUUACAGUGUGCCCAAGAUGGGUACCAUCCAAGUGACCUUAUUUAACCCCAACCAGACUGUGGUGAAGAUGUUCCUUGUGACCUUUGACUUCUCGGAUAUGCCUGCUGCCCACGUGACCUUCCUGCGUCAUCGCCUCUUUUUGGUGCCUGUAGGGGAGGAGGGUAGUGCUAGCCCCACCCACCGCCUCCUCUGCUACUUGCUGCACCUCAGGUUCCGAAGUUCCCGCUCAGGCCGUCUAAGCCUGCAUGGAGAUAUUCGCCUGCUUUUCUCCCGCCGAAGCCUGGAACUGGACACAGGGCUCCCCUACGAGCUGCAGGCUGUGACCGAGGCCCCACACAAUCCACGUUAUUCACCUUUGCCCUGAUAUCCAGUGCCCUGAACUCUAGUAGGCCCAGGACCUGCCAUCCUGCUCCAUCCUGGACAGAACAAACAUGUGGAGAGGUGGCAAGAGACCCUUCAGGCUUGAAUUAAAACCCUCGCCAUGCUCAUGCCCAAACUGAUGAUUUGGGCACUUAAAGCUUCUGAUCCUUCGCACAUUCUGCCCUACUUGGGGUGCUCCAUGUGCCUGCCCCCUCCUCAGAUUUCCCAGACUGGCUUAGGUAGUGGGGAGGAAGUGGAGCUACACUGAGGUUGUCCCAAGUUCCCAGGCAAGUCACGCCAGCGUUACCUCCCUGUUCUGGGCAGGGGUCACUUAUUAUUUUAUUUAUUUUUAAUUUAUAAUUUAUUUCAAUUGGAUUGCCUUGAUAACCUCCCAAACCUAAUAAUUGGCAUCAUCCCAUCUCCUUCCCUACUCUCAGAUAUUGCCCUGACCUCAGGAGCUGAAGAGGCUAAUUGUGUGGGGGGGGGGGGGAGGGGGGACUGUGGGAGACCUAAUUUCCCUUGACCUAGGCGGAGAAGUUCUCUCAGAAAGACUGAGUCACUUGCCAAAGACUCAGAUUCCCUGUCUUGCCCUUUUCCUUUCACUUUCCCUGUCCUCGGACCCCUUUCUCAAAGCCAACUGUGUGUGUGUGUGUGUGUGUGUGUGUGUGUGUGUGUGUGUAAGAGAGAGAGAGAGAAUGCGCACACACCUGGGGGUUAACCACCCCUCACCUAGGGCUCCAGACUCCAGUUCCCCCAUCUCCUGCCUAUGUCUCCUUGAUUUGGGGUCCUGACUGAGGAUGGUGUUCAAGGGGCAGAGUCAGGGCCAAGGACUGGGGUGCCUCCUCUCACCUGGCCAGACUCUGACCCACCUACCUCAGCUGGGGUGAGGAGCACCCCCAAACUUAGAUAUGUGGUUCCCAACUACCCCAUUUCCCACUCCAGACUCUGACCCAGCCUUAGCCCUGACUCCUGGGUCCUGGGGUUGGGCUGAGAGGAACAAGCAUUUGCUGAAACUUGAAAGAAAAACAAAAGCAGAAAAAAAAAAAUGUACCUGGUACUUUUUUUUUUUUUUUUUUUAGAAAAAAUAAAAAUAAAUAAGUUCUUGUUUGGAAACUUGAAAUAAGCUCUGCUUUUCC